UCGUCCUAAAUGUGGCAUUAACUCAGAAACUCAAAAAAAAAAAAUACAAAUGGAGAUCAAGUUGCUGCUGCUUCUUGUUCUUGAGCUUCUUCCUCUUGCGUUCAUUAAGCAUGCUUGUUCAAGAUCUACCGUCAGAUAUCUCCCUGGUUUCCAAGGCCCUCUUCCUUUCGAGCUUGAAACCGGGUACAUAGGUGUUGGUGAGGCAGAGGAAGACCAGUUGUUCUACUACUUCAUCAAAUCUGAGAGAAACCCAGAAGAGGACCCUCUUCUUAUCUGGUUAAGUGGAGGACCUGGCUGCACUUCUCUCUCUGGCCUUCUUUUUGAGAAUGGGCCUCUGUCUUUCAACAUUGAGUCUGACAAUGGAGAUAUCCCAUCAUUGGUCUCUACUACAUAUUCAUGGACUAAGGUGGCCAAUAUAAUCUAUUUGGAUCAGCCUGCUGGGACUGGCUUCUCUUACUCAAGAAACCCACUUGCUGAUAUACCAAGUGACUUAAGAUCAGCAAAGCUGGUCAAUGAGUUUGUUCAUAAUUGGCUAGCUAAGCAUCCUGAGUAUUAUUCAAAUCCUUUCUAUGUCACCGGAAACUCUUACUCCGGUAUAGUGGUUCCGGCCAUCGUUCAAGAAAUCUCAAAUGAAAAUGGUUUAUGUUGUAAACCUCUAGUAAAUCUUCAGGGUUACGUCCUGGGAAAUCCUGUAACAGAUUUUGAUAAUAAUGAUAACUGGCGCAUUCCAUUUGCUCAUGGAAUGGCUCUGAUCUCUGAUGAAAACUACCAGCUUCUGAGGAGAAGUUGUAGAGGAAACUAUAUUAUAGUGGAUCCUCUUAACACAGAUUGCUUGAAAUCAGUUAAAGAGUUUGAGAAUUGUGUUUCUGGAUUAGAUGUAACAUAUAUUCUAGGACUAAAGUAUGUAAACGCAUCUGAUCCGUAUGUAAGCAAUCCCUCUGAGCAUCGCAUGUCUGUGCAGUCUAACUGUUGGGCCAAUGAUGAGAGUGUGCGCAGAGCUCUUCAUGUGGAGAAGGGGAGUAUAGGAGAAUGGUUAAGAUGUUAUCGUGAAAUACCUUACAAAUUUGACAUUAGAAGCAGCGUACCAUACCAUAAAAACAACAGCAUCCAAGGAUACCGAUCUCUCAUCUUCAGUGGUGAUCACGACAUGUACGUACCUUUUCUUGCAACUCAAGACUGGAUAAGAUCACUCAACUAUUCCAUUAUUGACGACUGGAGGCCGUGGAUGAUUCACAAUCAAGUCGCUGGAUACACAAGGACUUAUGCUAAUAAUAUGACAUUUGCCACUGUGAAAGGAGGCGGGCACACGAUGGUGUAUAAACCUGAGGAGUGCUCUGUCAUGUUCGAGAGAUGGAUCAAUGGCCAGCCUCUGUAACAUUCUCCUAUCAGCGACUUGGUUGAGAACGCCAACUUUUCCAUGCCCCCAUAUGCCAUAAAGCAAUUUCCUAUGGGCCUUUUGAAUCUCCUAUGCUCCGAUUGAUUUAAUGAACAUGAAUAUUCGAUUUUGCCUUUUUGUAUUUUUGAUUAUUUAAAAAAAAAAAUUCAAAUUUCAAAAUUUUAAAAUUUCAAAUUUCGGAUAAUACAAGAUAUAGUUUUACUGAGUUAUACCGAGUUGUACUUCUGGAUUAGUUAUACUGAAUUAUACGGGUUGUACUGAAUUAUACUGGUUAUACUAAGUUAUACUGCGUUAUACUGAAUUAUAUUGCGUACUACUAGUGAGUCAGCUAUACCGAGUUGUAUUAGUUAUACAACGUUAUACUAGUUAUAUUGAGUAAUGAGUACUAUUGAAUUCAGAUCUGAAGAUGAAAAUGAAUAGAGAUAUGAAUUAUACUCUAAAAAGAAGGAGAACAAUAAGAACCAUGAAUCAUACAAACAACUCGGAUCUAUAGAGAACAACAAGAACCCCAAUCAUACAAAACCCAUAAUCUUCUUUUACAACCUUAAAUCAAAAACUCAAGACAAACACUCUAUAUAAAAAAAAACGCAGAUCUAAAGCGCGAGAAAAGGGAGAUCUGAAGCGCAUAAGUUAAGCCGUCACCAUUUUAAACAGUUCUAAAGCGCAAGAAGAAGAAGAAUCACCAUUGAUGUUGUUUCCAUCACCUUCAACAGCUGUUUUUCAUCACUUAUAACAGAUCAAAUUUGUUAUUUUGCAGUAAAAAAGAGAAAGAAUAAGAAGGAAGAGAUGAAGAAUGAGAUAAAUCUCAGAGAAAAAAGAGUGAAAAGAAGGAAGAAACGAGGAAAAUAAAAAAAUAAAAGAAAAACUGUCACGGUUGUAUUUUAUUAGAUUAUGUUAAAAAUCAUAAGGGUGUAGUGAUAAAUGUCUUAAUUUACGAGUUAAAAAUAAAUGAAUUAUAAAUAAAAUUAGACUGGAUUCAGUGUAGACAUAUAGGGGCUAUAGAUGAGAUGUUUCUCAAAGAUGAAUGCAUAUUUGCAUGAGGAACUAUAAAUACACCUAUUCAUCAAUAUCUCUGGUCUCUACUUAUAAUCACUUUCUAAUGUCAAAAAAAAAAAAAAUCACUUUCUAAUGAAUCGGUCAUUUGAACAAGUCAUACCUUUAUUUUGAAGAUUAGCUUUGUAACUAAAAAAUAGAAAUCAAUAUAUGUAUUCUCCCUUAUCUUUAGGAUUCAAUUCCCACCUUCAAUAUUUCCACUUCAUUCUCAUUCCAGUUUGCUAUUUAAAACCUCAAAACAUAACAUUUUUCCACAACUAAAUUGUUUCAAAUUUCUCAAUAAAUAUUUAUUCAAGGCUAAGUAAUUAUCAAUACCUAAUUAAUCCAAAAAUGAAGACCAUUCCAUUAACCUGCAUGGCCUUCGUCAUACUCUUGACAUCAUUCCCGGCUAUGAUCAAGAGUAACAAGUUCGCAGACGCUUGCUCUGCAAGUCUUGAUUUCUGCUUGCGCGAAAUUCCAAAAAAUAACCACCACAAAGCCAGAUGUUGUGAACAACAUACAGGGAAACAAUCACCGCCGUCAAGAUCAUGUAAAUGUAUAUUUAUAAAAGAUACAGCUAAAUUUAUGCUUCUUGCCAAACUUUACAAUUUAUGUGGAUCAGCUGUUUUGAAUGAACACAUCCCGUGUUAAUGAUGCGAGCGUAAGAUAGCCAACCAACCAAACCCCAAGAAUCGUCAAACCAAAUUGGAGAUAUUUUAUCGUCAGUUAUUUCCUAAUUUUGUUUUAAUCAAGUUAUUGUUUAAUAGGAGAGAUUAUUGGUCUUGUUUAUGUUCACGAAUCAUCUCUCUCCCAUUUUUUCUUCCUCGUUUGAAUGACAGUUCCAUGUUCUCUA